UGCUGAGAGAUAGUGAAUGCAGUCAACCAUCAUGCAGUGCUCAAAGUGAAUGCAGUCAACCAUCAUACAGUACUGAACUGAAUGCAGUCAACCAUCAUACAGUGCGAAGACUGGAUGCAGUCAACCAUCAUACAGUGCUGAGAGUGAAUGCAGUCAACCAUCAUGCAGUGCUGAGAGUGAAUGCAGUCAACCAUCAUGCAGUGCUGGGAGUGAAUGCAGUCAACCAUCAUGCAGUGCUGAGAGUGAAUGCAGUCAACCAUCAUGCAGUGCUGAGAGUGAAUGCAGUCAACCAUCAUACAGUGCUGAGAGUGAAUGCAGCCAAACAUCAUGCAGUGCUGGGUGUUUAUGCAGUCAACCAUCAUGCAGUGCUGGGAGUUGAUGCAGUCAACCAUCACGCAGUGCUGCGAGUGAAUGCAGCCAACCAUCACACAGUGCUGAGAGUGAAUGCAGUCAACCAUCAUGCAGUGUGA